AUGGCUGAUUCCGCCCCGGCCGUCAACGGCGGUUCUCUUCUCGAGGCCACCAAAUCCAACGCCGCCGCUGCGUACCAGUCUGUUACCAACGGCCCCGUUGCGCAGAAUGUCUACGACCACACUCAGAAGGCUUCCAACGAGUUCUCCAACCUGGCUGCUGCUCGACGCACUCCCUCGACUCCCGCUGCCACUGGCCAGCCUCUCACUCACUACCACUCCUUUUUCUCUGAGCUCCUGUCUUGGAACAACCCUCGAGCUUCCGGUAUUGCCUACGCGACCACCGUCUCCCUUAUUUUCGCUGCCCGAUACUUGGAUGUCCUCCGAUGGGCUUUCAAGGUUUCGUGGAUGGUCCUUGGUGUGACCAUCCUCGCGGAGGUUGUUGGCAAGGUCGUACUCAACAAUGGCCUGGCUACUCAGGUUCGCCCUCGUCGAUACUACACCGUUCCCCGUGAGACUCUCGACCACAUGAUUGGAGAUGCCCACGAGCUCGUCAACUUCUUUGUUAUUGAGGCCCAGCGAAUCAUCUUUGCUGAGAAUGUCUUUGCUUCUGCUGCUGCCUUUGUCGCUGCCUUCAUUUCCUACUACCUUGUCAAGCUCGUUCCCUACUGGGGCCUUGCUGUUAUUGGCACCACUGUCGUUUUCUUUGUUCCUCUGAUUUACACUUCCAACCAGGAGCUUAUUGAUGAGCAACUCCACCACGCCUCGGAGCUUAUCAACUCGCAGACCGCUCAGGUCCGAGAUGUUGCCUCGAAGCAGAUGGAGCAGGUUUCGGCCAUUGGCAAGCAGUACGCUGGCGACUACAGCGGCAAGGUCCAUGACCUCCUUCGAGGCAACCAUGGUUCGCGCCAGAAGAUUGAGAAGCCCACCAAGGGCGCUGCUCCUGUCGUCAAGGAGCCCGAGUUCCCCUCUCCUCCCACUGAGGACCCCGUCAAGUCGGAGGCGGCUCCCCAGAUCCCGACCCCUGCGGCCCUUAAGGAGGAGAUCUCCGAGCCUACUGCUAUCGAUGCUGCAAUCCCCGAGGUUCCCAGCGAGCCUGUUGUCGCCAACAAGGAGCCCAUGAUUGCUUCCUAAGCAACCGAUACGAAGCAGUUUCGACGUGUACACGAGCUGAGAAAAGGCAUAGCUGGCCUAGGCAAUGAAUGUGUUUUACGGCAUUUCGGGGCGCAUGUCUUUCCUUUAAUCGAGGGCAAGGGAUUGUCAGAUUGGAAUCGGGCGCGAAUUGGUUUUUGGGAGCAUCCAAUCCUUGGCAAACAAUGCGAGAAACGACUCUAGUUGACAGUGAUGAAAGAUGGCUUAAAAUAUGGAUAUGGGUUGGGCAGAUGCUGGGUUUCGGAAGAAGAGCGAGGGCCUGGUAGUGGAAGGAGGCGAGGCUCUUGAUUAAUGUGUCGUCGAUGGUUGAUGUUGAUGGAACGCCAGCAUCUGGCUCAAGGCUUGUUUUUGUGUGUGUGCGAAUGCGUGCGUCUUGUCUUUGUUUCUCGAGGAUUGGUGUUUAGGAUUGUAUACCGUGUAUUCUUGCAGAGGGCCUUGGCCUUGCGCGUAACCUUGUAGCCGAGAUGCACAAUUACAACUUGUAUUCUUAUACUGA